UCUCUCUAGAAAGCGAGAGAAUCUUCUUUUCUCUCAAAAACCUAAGCAGCCUGGAAGAGAGAGAGAUUAGAGAGAGUAAAGAUGUUCUGUAAUAUAACGAAACAAAACAAAUACCUCAAUAAGGUCUCGCUAUGUCCCGAUGCAUAGAGGAGAUAACGAUCCACAAAUAUUCACUCUUUUUUUCAUUUUAAGUGUUUAAAGUUAAAUUCCUUUUUUAUUUAUUUUGUUUUCAUCUUAAGGUACUUCUUCUUCAUCACAGACACAUAACCCAUUCAGACAUCUUUACAGCUUUCUUUUCUUUCUCAUCUGUUCCUUUUAUUUCAGACAAACAAACUGCAACCGACUUCAGUUUAUAAAAAGGGAAUCUUAAAACCCACUUGAGUUAAGGAAUCUCCGAAGAAUCUCUCUCUACCUUAUGGUGCUCCAUUGAUAUUUAGAGAUUAGCUAAAAACCAAUAAAACCAAUGGAAGAUAGUUUUCUUCAAACUCAAAACGCAGUUAUGGACACUGAGUUCAUGGAUGGGUUGCUACUAGAUGGUUGUUGGUUAGAGACAACAGACGGAUCUGAGUUUCUCAACUUACCUCCUUCAACCCCUUUUGAUCCAUCUUCCUUCAUGUGGUCUCCACCAACUCAAGACACGUCUGCUAUCUGCACAUCUGGUGUAGUAUCUCAAACCUACGGUCAAGAUUGUGCAGAUGAGUUUCAGUGGAACAAAAGGUGGUGGAUAGGACCAGGAGGUGGUGGUGGUUCUUCAGUCACCGAGAGAUUAGUCCAAGCAGUUGAACACAUUAAAGACUACACAACAGAGAGAGGCUCACUUAUACAGCUAUGGGUUCCUGUCAACAGAGGCGGCAAGAGAGUUUUGACCACAAAGGAACAGCCUUUCAGCCACGACCCGAUGUGUCAAAGACUUGCAAACUACAGAGAGAUCUCUGUGAACUAUCACUUCUCCGCUGAGCAAGAUGACUCCAAGGCCUUGGCUGGUUUGCCUGGAAGGGUUUUCUUGGGGAAGCUCCCUGAGUGGACUCCUGAUGUUAGGUUCUUCAAGAGCGAGGAGUAUCCGAGGGUCCAGCACGCUCAGGACUGUGAUGUACGUGGGACGCUGGCGAUUCCGGUGUUUGAGCAAGGGAGUAAGAUUUGCUUGGGUGUCAUUGAGGUUGUGAUGACUACUGAGAUGGUUAAACUAAAACCUGAGCUUGAAAGCAUCUGCAGAGCGCUUCAGGCAGUUGAUCUUAGGAGCACUGAACUUCCGGUUCCACCUUCUCUAAAGGGAUGUGACUUAUCCUACAAAGCUGCAUUACCUGAAAUCAGAAACCUCUUGAGAUGUGCUUGUGAGACGCACAAACUCCCUCUAGCUCAGACAUGGGUCUCCUGUCUCCAACAAAACAAAAGCGGCUGCCGUCACAACGACGAGAACUACAUCCACUGCGUGUCAACAAUUGACGACGCUUGCUACCUCGGUGAUCCAACAGUCCGUGAGUUCCAAGAAGCUUGCUCUGAGCAUCACCUCCUGAAAGGCCAAGGAGUAGCAGGACAAGCCUUCUUGACCAACGGUCCUUGCUUCUCACCUGAUGUCUCUAACUACAAGAAGUCCGAGUACCCUCUCUCUCACCACGCUAAUAUGUUCGGUCUGCACGGCGCCGUUGCGAUACGCCUGCGCUGCAUCCACACUGGGGAUGCUGAUUUCGUCUUGGAGUUCUUUUUGCCUAAGGACUGUGAUAAUAUGGAGGAGCAGAGGAGAAUGUUGAACGCUCUUUCGACCAUUAUGGCUCAUGUGCCUAGGAGCUUGAGGACUGUUACGGAUAAGGAGCUGGAAGAAGAGAGUGAAGUGGUGGAAAGGGAGGAGGUAGUGACGCCUAAGAUAGAGAACACAUCGGAGCUACAUCAUAGUAAUCCUCAGAAUCUUGGAUUGGUGUUUGAUGGAGGAGACAAGCUGCCAAGCGAUGGGUUUGGUUUGAAAAGAGGCUAUGACUACACCAGAGAGUCUAACAUCAAUGAGAGCAACACUUUCACCAGUGGUGGUUUUAAUAGUAUGGCUGAGAAGAAGCGUACAAAGGCAGAUAAAACCAUCACUUUGGAUGUUCUUAGACAGUACUUCGCAGGGAGUCUUAAAGAUGCAGCCAAGAGUAUCGGUGUUUGUCCAACGACGUUGAAGAGGAUAUGCAGGCAACAUGGUAUACAAAGAUGGCCAUCAAGAAAGAUCAAGAAAGUGGGACAUUCUCUUCAGAAGAUCCAACGAGUGAUUGAUUCUGUUGAAGGUGUUUCAGGUCCUCUUCCUAUAGGCUCCUUCUACGCAAACUUCCCCAACUUAGCCUCACAGGAGCCAUCACAACAACCUAAGACCUCACCUCCUCCUCCUCCUCCGCCACCAUUGCAGCUUUCGAAGUCACCUGUUUCUCAAUACAGUCACAGUUCAAGCUCUAGCCAGUGCUGUUCCAGCGAAACACAACUAAACAGCAGCGCAACAGCUCAUCCUUCUCAAGGUGAUACUUUCAAGAAGGUGAGCAGCGAAGUCGAUCUUCAAAGCUCAGUUUUGACUCUCUCUAGUUUAGAAAACAUCCCUCAAGGUCAAGGCACACACUUGUUGUCGUCAUCAUCUCAAGAUGAUGACUCUCUGAGGAUUAAAGUUAGCUACGGAGAAGAGAACAUCAGGUUCAGGAUGAAGAACUCACGCAGGCUAAGUGAUCUACAGUGGGAGAUAGGGAAGAGGUUUAGCAUAGAGGAUAUGAGCAGGUAUGAUCUUAAGUACUUAGACGAAGACAAUGAAUGGGUUUUGUUGACUUGUGAUGAAGAUGUGGAAGAGUGUGUAGAUGUUUGCAGAACCACACCGAGUCAUACCAUUAAGCUUCUGCUUCAUGCUUCUUCUCAUCAUUUCCCUGAACGGUCUUCACCUACAGGUUACACUCUAUGGCAAUGACUAUAAAUCAGAGAAUGAAAGAAAGAAAGAAGAGUUUAUAGGACAUGGCACAAAAGCUUUAUAACUUUGUGUUGUGUUAUAAAUGUUCAUAAAUUUUUAAUGCUGUGCUUCUUUUUUUUGUUAUGAAAGCAUUAUUAGUAGAUGCUUUGUGUUUUGUUUUAUAAAACGCAGCAGAGAGAAGAACAUGUAAUGAUGUAAAGAUCCUUUCUUACUAAGAUACUGAAGAUGUUCUUUUUGGUUCUUCUGUAAUUUCUUUGUUAAAUGUAGAUAUAUA